UCCAUAGUAGUAUCGUCGUAUAUUUUAAUCUAUGAAACUGCUGGUGCAAAAGACUACACGCGAAGUUUAUCUUUCGCAUAGCAACACAAUUCAAUCGGAAUGGCAGAAGAAAGACCUUCAAGUAAAGAGCAAAUGGAAGCUGGCAACAUGGACGAACUACCGGCUGAUGAAGCACAAGGGGAACCUGCCCCAGGUGAGGAGGAUCUAGCAGUAGAGGAGGCUGCACCUUCCCCUCAGGCUGAAGAAAGGCCUGCAUCGGGAACACAGAGACCCUCUUCUGGUUCACAGCGUCCCCCUUCUGCAUCACAGAGAACCCCUUCUGGUACUGAAAGGCCCCCCUCAGCCAGCCAAAGACCCCCUUCAGCUACCCGCACACCCUCUGCAGGGAGACCCCCUUCAGCCGGGAGUGGGAGACCACCUUCUGCUGGCCGGCCCUCAUCUGCCGCCAGACCCCCAUCGGCAGGUGCGAGACCGGCAUCUGGGUCUAGAAGAUCAGGGUCUGGUGCACAGAGGCCCCCAUCUGGUGAGAAGAGAUCACCUGUUCCACCCCAAGCUUCACCCACUGCUUCGCCCCCAGCCACGCCCCCAGCUCUUCAGGAAGAAGUUACAGGUCCUCCUCCACAACUUGAACCUGAACAUGCAGGAAUGCCUGAACAAGAUGACCUUCCCCAGGGUUAUACCAGCAUCCCUCCCAUGGAUACCGCCCAGAUGAUGGGAGGAGAGAUGGAAGAAGAAGACGAGGCUGAGGAGGAGGAGGAGUACCAACCAAGGUUUGGAAGAGGAGGAGAAGAUGAUUAUGAUGACUCUGAGGCAUCGGAUGAUGAGAGUGAGAUGGUGGUCCUGGAUCCAGAACAUCCCCUGAUGAAACGCUUCCAAGAUGCCCUGAAGGGUCACCUGACCAAGCAGAUGGAGAAGGUUGAUCUGGAGGUGAGGGAGCUGAAGGAGGCCCUCAAGGGUAAGCUCGGGGACAGGGAGGAGCUGGGUGUCAAUCUCUACGGCAUGCAGCAGGAGCUGGCCAGACAGCAGACCCUGCUGGAGAAGAGACACGACCAGAUGGGACAGCUCUCACAGAUGAGGGCACAAUGCGAGGAGCAGCUGAGGGAGGUCAGGGACAUGUAUAAGAAGACACAGCAGAAUGUCAACACCCAGAGAAAAGAAUCCUCUGCGCUCCAGACUGAAGUUGAAAACCUUGCCCUUCAUCUCUACUACAUGACCAAUGCUAAAGAGGAUAUCAGAGGAGACAUUGCUGUGAUGCGUAGAGCAGCAGAGAAGGCUGACACAGAGGUCUCCACAGCAGAGGAAGAUAAGCAAAAACAGGACCUCUAUGUUGACCGCCUGACGGAGACGGUUGAUAAACUAAGGGAACAGAUAGCCCUCUAUGAGGCCCAGAGCUCAGCUCAGGGAGAGGAGACCAAAGCAGCCAAGGAAGCUCUCUCUGAUGCAAGGAUGGAAAUUGAGUCCAUCAACCUUGAGAAGAAGCAGUUGUUUCAGCAGUGGAACAGCAGUCUGAUAGGAAUGAGACGCAGGGAUGAAGCGCAUGCCGCUAUGCAGGAGGCUCUCAGUCAGCAAAAGCAGCACAUCAUGUCGCUGGCCACGGAGAUCGAGGGCUACAAGAAAUCCAUCAUGAAGGAACAGGAGAACAACGAGACCCUGACCCUGCUCCUCCAGAAGAACGAGAUUGAUAUCAACUCACUGAGGAAGCAGAUCUCAACCAGCCAGGAUCGGCAGGAGAAGAUCAAGCAGGAGUAUAGCACCUACUCACGUAUGCUGCAUGAGACAGAGCAGGCCCUCAACAGGGCAACUACAGACCGUACAUUGAGAGUCAACGAGCUGACUGCCCUGAGGAAGCAGAUUGAGAGAGAGUACCAGGAGAAGCUAAGGCUUGAGGAAUCUAUCAUGGACACUCUACGCAACAAGCUCACCAUGGACAAGGCUGCCCACUAUGCCAAGAAGAUGGCUGGUAACAUCCGCAAAAGCAUCGCCGAUCAGGAAGCUGCUAAAGCUAAGGUUGAGAAUGAGAUCUCUCAGGACACCCUAGACCUGUCCAACACCAACACCAGGGUGGAACAGCUACGUAAGUCCCUCAAGGAGCUCGAUGGAGAGAUCCAUGAGAAGAACCAGAUCAUCAAUCGUAGCGAAGGCGAGAUGGUCAAGAGGAACGCCGUCAUCGAGCGCAAGCAGGGACAGAUUGACCAGUACAAUAAGAAGAUAGAGGCUGCGAUAAGCGGUCAGGGUGGUGAAGAGCUGGGCCCUCUAGAGCAAGAGGUCAAUGCCCUGACCAAGAACAUUGACACCCGGACACAGGAGAUUGCUGACCUCCAGCAGUUCUGGCUGAGGCAGCAGGGUGAACUGGUCAAGAUGACCCAAGACAAGGAUAACCAACAGAUGGAGGUGGACACCAUGAAGAAGGCUCUCACCAUCCUCCACCAGAAGAAGAUGAGGAUUGAAGGUGAGAUUGAAGGGCAGCUUUACGAUCGCAAGAUGGUGGACAAGAGCAUUCAGAACAUGCAGAAUGACAUGCUGAAACUCAACCAGCUUCUGACCCGGGAAGGCAAGAUCAGACAGGAUCUACAUCAAGAUAAUGCUCUCAUCGAGAAUGACUUUGUGCUCUCUCUCAGGGAGGCUGAGAGAGAAUCUCUUGAGAUGCAAGGCAAGCUUGAUGAACUUGGUGAGGAGAAGGAGAGACUUCUCAAUAGCUUGGUAGAGGCAGAACGUCAGAUCAUGCUUUGGGAGAAGAAGACUCAGCUUGCCAGGGAAGCUAAGGCUACGGUAGACUCAGAGGUCGGUCAGGGAGAGAUCAGAGCCAUGAGUGCUGAGAUACAUCGUAUGGAGGUGCGUCACACCCAGCUGAUGAAGCUCCAAGAGAAGCUCAUCCAGGACAUGGAGAAGGCCGUAUCCCGUCGUGAUACCAUCGUGACCCGGGGCGACGCCCAGUCUAAGAUGAACAAGAAGGUAGAGACCAAGGGAGCAUUCCAGAAGAAACUCCUGGAACUCAGAAAGAAGAUCAAGGAGACUCAACAGGAUGCAAAUGGGUGUGACAAUGACAUCGCUGAGCUGCGCGGCCAUCAGCAGAUGCUCAACCAGCAGCUUGAUAACAAGCAGAGAGAGUUCCAUGAACUACAGAGCAUGGCCGAUACACAGGAUGGUGAUAUAGAGAGACUGGUUGAACUCAAACAGAAGAACCUUGGGGACAUCGUCUCCAGGCAACGCAAGGUCAAGAACUACCAGGCCCUGAAGGACGGCAAGUACACACUGCUCUGCAAGACGGAGGCUGCCCUCGAGGCAGAGUCCAAGAAACAGCUGGACAAGAUGCAGACUGUUGCUACCAUCGCUGACCGUCUCAUCACUGAGUUCCCGCAGAUCCAGCCGGCCAUGCGAAGCGUCCAGAUGGUGCUGAGCUCAAGGGGUGCAGCUGAUGAUGAGUUAUGGUAAACAGAUCAAAGCAUCUCUAGCGGGUACUACAGUUCAACCUCGUUGUAACGAUCUCCCAGGGACCAAGGAAAUGACCUUGUUAUUAUGAAACCUUGUUAUAUCAGGGCUACAACACAAUAAAAUAUAAAGAACUUGGACCAACAAAGUUGCUUUGUUAUAACAUUAUUUGUCUUUUUCUAUAGAGGUCCCAAUGUAAUACCACUCUGAAACAUUGAUAUGUCAUGAAGACUUUUGAUUUAUGAUGAUUUAAAGCAAAAGCUGCCUUAUUGAAUUUGAUGCCAGCUGGGGGAAAGCUUUUGCUUGGGUUUUUAAUAAACACUCGCUACCCAGAUAUAACACUGGAAUUGGAUGCACUGUUUAUGGAUUGUGUAUCAUUGGUAUAGUAUUGAUCAUCUGCUGAAAGCCUUUAGAAACCUCCUAAAGAUUUACUGUACAUAAUUGUGAUACUCAAUAUAUCUUUAUAGAUUCUCACGUAUUUAUUGUUUAUAUGACAAAGAUAACAAUUUUCGGGACAUUCCCCAACAUUUAAGUGCUGUCUCGUGUUCCAACAUGUUUCCUUUGGCUCAUCUCAAUCAUACUACCGUAUUCGAUUGUAUUCAUGACCUGAACAGACAGAUAUGAGGUUUUCAUGCUUCUCCAGUUAAUUUUUAUCCCCACUAUAAUUAGGGUACCACAUACAUGUUGAAACCAUUUGUCAAUGUGGUAUACCUAAUAUGGCCAUGCACUCUGACUUGUUUCAUCCCAACAGGUGUUUUAUGAUAGAAUGCAGGUGUACAUGUAUGAGGGAUAAAACAUUGUGACAGAGAUCAUUCAAAGUGAUAAAAAUAUAAAGUAAGGAUUAACAAAUGCCCUGAAAAUGGAGAAACAAACAAAAGUAAUCCGGUACAAUAUCGAAAAUCACAAUAUUGAAUCAAAAUGAAUCACAGAGUUUUUAUCAUUUCCUCACAUUACGUCACAUAAAUUGUUAAUCUACAGUACAUUGUGUUCGAUAAGGUAAAUAUCACGCCAUAAGAUUAAUGAAGAUGAUCAAUCCAGAAAAAUGCUAAAUAGAAUAACAUUGUAUUGUCAAAGCGGAGAAGCCUAUAAGAAAUAUUAGAACAAGUGUAUAGUUUGACAUCAGAAAUUCUGUGCUUCAUUUCACUAUUUUAUGAAAAACUAAUGAAAUUUUGUGUGUAAUUCAUGAUUAAAGAAUUUUGUAGUAAAGCAUCGUCAUACAUCACAUCUCUCUACACCAUACUACAGAAAGGUAAAUUAAAGAAUAAAACCACCUCUUUCAAGUUUUAAACAGUUUGAUAACUUUUGCAACAAAUUAUCUGGAAGAAAAGGUUGUGUUUUAAUUCACUGCUUUUCAAGCUGGAUUCCAUUAAAGAAAUAUGUGCUACACCACAAUUAUAUAUGCAAUAAAUGAAAUGUUAUGUAUAUCCCAUGUGAAUGAAUUUCUCUAUACCUUUGAAUUGAAUUUUAGAUUCUUCGCAUGGGUAUAUCUGUAACUUCAAUAUUUAUUAAUGGUUAUACUAUGUCACCUUGAUACAUGCAAAUAGACUUUUUAUUUAUGAUCUCCAUAUAAAUACGAAAUAAAAUUCAUAUUCUUUGAAAGAGAGUAUUGUAAUGUUAACAAUGGUAGUGUAAAUAUUUGUAUAUACCUGAAAAUGCAGAACUAUUAUAUGUAUUACAUGUGUGAUGAAUGGAAGAAAAAUGUUUAUAUUGUAUGUACUUGGAUCUUAAUAGAGCAUAUAAUAUUCAGCAUUGCUGAUAUUCAACGCCUAUCAAUUUACUUUUCAAAAGAAUUUGUGAAAUAAAAUAUUGAAUGUGUACAAAUCAGUUGGAAAAAA